CAGUUGGAGAAGAUGGAUUUUGGCCGACAAUUAUGCAAAUCUUCUCACCGAAGAAACAUUUAAUCUCAAUACAGUUUUAUGUGCCCAGAACUAAAAUAUCUUACGAACAGAGUGGACUAGGUUUAGUAGAUUUGACCAUUUGCCAAAGUUUAUUUUAAAAAAAUGCCGUUGUUUAGAAGGAGUGCAAGGGCGAAGUGAGUUACGGAAAUAUGCAAACGCAUGCUAGAACACGCCAAUAGGGUCGCUCUUUGUGAGACCAAUCGAAAACGAGAGGGGCGGGAUAAAUCUAACGCCGCUGUUUGCUGUCGGGGAAACUGAGUUUUGGGGUUGUGCAGAAUUUUGCCGGGCGGGAACUCCCGCCAUUUUUUCAACCCAGGUGAUAACCUCUUGGAUAUUUCUAUUAAGUUGUUACAACCCUUUACUAUUAUUUUAACAACUUCAACUUUCAAGGACGGAAACUGCGAGUCAAAAAAAAUCGCUCCAUUAGAAGAGGCCUAGUCUUUGGAGAACGGAGAGAGCGCGCCAGAUCCCCUGACGGGAACCUCCGCUGUUGCCGCGAGUUUGAGAAUCCUGUCAGCUCGCCUCUCCAUCCUCCUUUGGGACUAGCUAGCAUACGUUUAUCCGUAUAGCCUACCCGAAGAGUCCAUUAUCAGUUCACACUUUUAAACAGCUGUUUUUGACAAGUUCGUGUUGAUUAACAAUGACACAACUACCGGCGAACAGAACAAGGAUGCGAUUUGACUGCUAGCAAGAAGUGCUGUGUUAUUGUUUUGCAGCGAGGAUUUAGUCGACUGGCUAGCUAGCUUGCUACACGCUGAAUGCUCCUGGAAUAUUUUUUGGAUACUUGACUACAUGCUAAGGCCAUAUUGUGAUAUUUUGCGUAGUUUUGUACUAGGAGUUUUAUUUGUAAAGACGUCAUCGCUGCCGUUUCGUACUCAGGAUGGCACCACUGCUGGGCCGGAAACCCUACCCGCUGGUUAAGCCGCUAGCCGAGCCGCCAGGCCCAGAGGAGGAGGUCUACAUCAUCGAACACACCAAGGAGGCCUUCAGGAACAAAGAAGAGUAUGACGCGCGCUUGCAGAGGUACGCCGAACGCAUCUGGACAUGCAAGAGUACCGGCAGCAACCAGCUCACACACAAGGAGGCCUGGGAGGAGGAGCAAGAAGUCACUGAACUACUUCAGGAGGAAUACCCACUAUGGUUCGAGAAGCCCGUCCUGGAGAUGGUCCAUCACAACACUGUCUCCCUGGACAAGCUGGUGGACCAGGCCUGGGUGGAGAUCCUCACCAAGUACGCCGUAGACGAAGAGUGUGACUUUCUGGUGGGGAAGGAAAAGAGUUUGCGGGUUAAGGUCGUGAAGAUACACCCCCUUGAAGGGAACGCUGAGGGGGAGACGUCGGAGAAGAAGCUAGAGGGAGCCUGCGACUCUCCUUCCAGCGACAAGGAGAAUGCCAGCCAGGAGAACCAGAAGAAGGAACAACAGCUGACCAGAGAGGAGAGCCCCAGGGAGACCAGGGAAAGCAGGAGAGAGAGCCUCAGUGAUCGAGCACGGCGCUCCCCCAGGAAAACUCCCACCGCUAUGAAGGAGGAGAAGAAGAGAUGGGUGAUGCCAAAGUUCCUGCCACACAAGUAUGAUGUGAAACUGAUCAGCGAGGACAAGGUCAUCAGUGAUGUCCCAGUGGACAGCCUCUUCCGGACUGAGCGCCCUCCGACCAAGGAGAUCAUGCGCUACUUCAUCCGCCACUAUGCACUCCGGCUUGGGACGGGAGAGACGGCCCCCUGGGUGGUGGAGGAUGAACUGGUGAAGAAGUUCAACCUGCCCAGCAAAUUCAGCGACUUCCUCCUGGAUCCACACAAGUUUUUCGCAGAGAAUCCAGUCUCAACCAAGCGCAGGAGCCUGAGCUCAACGGAGGGCAAACCCAGUAAGAAGCUGAAGACCUCGAACACCCCGGGAGGAGUGAAUUCAGGGAACGAGAAGAAAAAGGAUUCUCUUGGCAUGCCCCUGAGCCCCACGAUCUGGGGCCACAUGCAGAUGAAAAUGAAUGGCUCGCCUCUGAAGGUAAAAAAUUCUGGAACCCCCAAGAAAAGAGAUGGUGGGGCCUCUGUCCUCUCCUCUCCAAAAUCCAGCAAAAAACCCAGGGAUAAGAAAUCUGCUGCUGGCAAAAAGACCCCCGGCAAGAGUGGUCAGAAGAUAUCCUCCAAAAAGGAUAAGGGUGGAGGUGCCAAGAAGCCCAAGAUGAAGCAGAUGACCCUGUUGGACUUGGCCAAGAACCCUCUCUCUGCUGGAAGCCCCAAGAAGAGAGCCCGGAGCACUGGCCCAGGGACCCCCAAACUGGGCAAGCCCCUCCACCCCAUGGCCCUGCAUCUGCUGCGCUACUACAAGGAGCACAAGGGCAAGGAGGACAAGAGGAACGCCAUGUCCUGUCUCAUAUCCAAGGCAGCCAAGGCCCUCUCGCCAGAGGACCGGGGCCGGCUGCCAGAGGAGCUCAGAGACCUGGUCCUGAAGCGCUGGGAGCUGCUGGAGCAGAAGAAGAAAUGGGCGGCCAUGAGCGAGGAGGAGAAGCAGGAUGUGAUGAGGAAGAGGCGUGAGGAGAUCAGGGAGAAACUCCGGGAGAAGACUAAGGAGCGGCGGGAGAAGGAGCUGCAGGUGCGCCGUGAGCAGCAGCGCCGCUAUGAGGACCUGGAGAUUGAGGGCGGCAAGGCACUUCCUGUCUUCAAGCUGGUUGACAUGCCAGAGGGCCUGCCCAACUCCCUGUUCGGAGAUGUGGCCAUGGUAGCAGACUUCCUCAACUGCUACGCGGGCCUGCUGAUGCCCGAUGACCAGUACCCGGUGACGGCAGUGGCCCUGAUGGAGGCUCUGGCCGGGGAGAAGGCAGGUUUCCUUUACCUGAACCGUGUACUGGUGGUGCUGCUGCAGACCCUGCUGCAAGAUGAGCUGGCUGAGGGCUACAGCGAGCUGGACAUGCCCCUGUCGGAGAUCCCCCUCACCCUCCACUCUGUCUCGGAGCUGGUGCGCCUGUGCCUGCGGCCGUGUGACGCCCACGGCGAUGACUCUGGCCAGGGCUCUGGGGGGGAUGACUGGGGCCCCCUAGGGGGAUUCGACCAGGUGGUAAGCGGUGAGUUCCUCGAGCAGCUGGAGGCGGUGGAGGUGUUUGAGCUGACGUCGACAGAGAAGGCCAGCCUGCUGGUAGCACUGUGUCACCGCAUCCUCAUGACCUACUCGGUGGAGGACCACGUGGACUCCAUGCAGCAGCGCUCGGCCGAGCUGUGGAAGGAGAGGUUGGCCUCACUCAAGGAGGUCAACGACCGCAAGCGGGCUGAGAAGCAGCGGCGUAAGGAACAAGCCGAGGUCAAAGGCGAGGAGGCUGCCAGUGGCGACACGCCAUCAGCCACCGCCGGCGACACGCCACCAGCCACCACCAAGGUGGAGAAAAAGAAAGAGGGUAGCGCUAAGAAAGAGGUGAAGAAGGUGAAAGCAGAGCCAGUGGCCGCGGAGCCGGUAGCCACCGAGUCGGAAGACAUGAUCAGUACGGUGAAGAGUAGGAGGCUGAUGUCCAUCCAAGCCAAGAAGGAAAAGGAGGAGCAGGACAAACAGAACAAGGAGCGCAUGGAGAAGGAGGCGGAGGAGGAACGUGUCCGCAAGCAGAAGGCUGCAGCAGAGAGGGCCUUCCAGGACGGCAUCGCCAAAGCCAAACUGGUGCUGAGAAGAAUCCCACUGGGAACUGAUCGAAACCAUAACAGGUACUGGCUGUUCUCUGAUGUGGUGCCUGGCCUGUACAUAGAGAAGGGCUGGGUGCACGAGAGCAUUGACUAUAGCUACACCCUCACCCUGGAAGAGGCUUCAGCCGAGCCUGAAGACGAGGAGGAGACUAACGAUGUUGAGGACGGUGGCAGUCUAGAUGGUGCUCUGAGCGAGGGAGCCCACCAGGGGGCGCCAGCUGCAGUCUGCAUCGAGACCACCACUCCCAACCAGGGACAGAACCUCUGGUUUGUGUGUGAUGCUCCACGGGACCUCGAUGACCUGGUGGAGAGCCUCCAUGCACAGGGUGUGAGAGAAAGCGAGCUGAAGACCAAGCUGCAAGUCAGGUACCAGGACAUCCUCCACUCUAUCAACCUGGCCCGCAAGGGGAACCCAGGGCUGAGGAGCUGCGACGGCCACCAGGAGCUGCUCAAGUACAUGCGCAGCGACGUCAUCGAGGUGGCCUCGCGCCUCCAGAAGGGCGGCCUGGGCUACAUGGACGACAGCAUGGAUGAGUUUGAGAAGAAGGUGCGUGACCUGGAGAACCUGAAGGACUUUGGGGAGUGUGUCAUCACUCUCCAGGCUUGUGUCAUCAAGAAGUUCCUGCAGGGCUUCAUGGCCCCCAAGCAGAAGAAGAAGAAGAAGCAGGAAGGGGAGGAGAGCAGGAAGACUGAGGAGGUGGAUGAGGAGAAGAAGCUGGCAGAGGAGGCCAGGGUGGCGACGGCAGUAGAAAAAUGGAAGACAGCGAUCCGUGAGGCUCAGACCUUUUCCCGGAUGCACGUGCUGCUGGGCAUGCUGGACGCCUGCAUCAAGUGGGACAUGUCGGCAGAGAACGCACGCUGCAAGGUGUGCCGCAGGAAAGGUGAGGAUGACAAGCUCAUCCUGUGUGACGAGUGCAACAAGGCCUUCCACCUGUUCUGUCUGCGCCCCGCCCUCUACCGCAUUCCCCAGGGGGAGUGGCUGUGCCCCGCCUGCCAGCCUGCCGUGCAAAGACGCUGCUCCCGCGGAAGAAACUACAACGAGGACACUGAGGAAGAGGAGGAUGAAGAGGAAGAAGAGGAGUCUGAAUCGGAGGACUCUGAUGAAGAUGACGAGGAGGAUGCUGAUUACAAGGCCGUGGGCCACAGCUUGAGAUCAAGGAAGAAGACCAAGCACUCUAAAGCAUCGAAGGCGUCCAGUAAGGGUGGAUCUAAGAAGCAUACUCCCCCCAGUAAACCCAGGAAACAGAAGGCUGCCCAUAGCAGCCCUGCAGACCUCGACGAGCUGGUGCAUCAGAGCUCAAAGACAGGUGUGCGUCGGCAGGCCCUGGAGCUGGAGAGGAGCGAGGAGAUCCUGCAGAAACUGGUCAAAUUCCGCUACAGCUGGCCGUUUAGAGAGCCGGUGUCAGUAGAGGAGGCGGAGGACUACUUUGACAUCAUCUCCAGCCCCAUGGACUUCCAGACCAUGCAGGCCAAGUUCAGCGAGGGCCAGUACCGCCACGCCCAGGACUUCCUGGAGGACGUCAAGCUGGUGUUCUCCAACGCUGAGGAGUACAACCAGACGGGCAGCUCGGUGCUCUCCUGCAUGGCCAAGACGGAGCAGAGCUUCACCGAGCUGCUCCACAAGCUGCUGCCCGGCCUCAGCUACCUGCGCCGCCGCCAGCGGAAGAGAGUCAGUCGGACCCCCCAGGUCUCAGAGGAUGAGGAGGAAGAGGAGACGCCGAAGGUUCGGAAGAUGCAGAAUGGGAAAGGCAAGGUGGGUCGGCCCAGGAAAGCAGUGGUGGAGCAAAGGAGGAGAGAGGAGGGGAGCGAGGAAGAGGGAAGCGCGAAGAGGAAGAGCAAGCGGGCGGUGGCCUCUUCCUGCCGGAGAGACUACCGGGAGCAGGAGAGCGAUGGCGAGGAGUGCGACAAGCGGAGAACUCUGCAGCGUGGGGCUGAUGGCGGGGAUAGUGACGAGGAGAACAGGGCCGGCCACCGACAUUCCAAGCGGCAAAAACGCUCCUAAUGAAGUCCAGGGUGCUUUUUCUGUUCUGUCUUUUCAAAUUUCUGCCCCUAAAUGAAGCAGAACCCACCUCCCAAUUCCGAGGAAAUGGGGCUCAACUUCUCAGAUGGAGUUUUUUUGUGAUUUUGGUUUUGUUAAUAUUUUUUAGUAAAAAAAUAAGAAACUGAUUUAUAUUUGUAAUGCGAUUUAAUAUUUUGACAUUUUUCAAACCAAGAAAUUUACAUUUAAGACGAGAGGAUUUGUCAGAGCUCUUAGAGACCAUCCCCCACACCUUACAUUCUGGUCAUCCUCCCAGGUUUAAAGUUGCGUCUUGGGCUGAGAGAGAUGGGCUGGUAACCGUUGUCCAGGAUAAAUUAGGUCUAUGUCGAUGUACAGUCAUCAUUCUCUGGUUUUGCUUUUUUUGACGUGACUUAACACUGGCCUUUGGGCAACCCGGCCGUGUGAGGCCACCAAAGUCCUUGGCGUCUACGUCUGAAUUCUUUCUUCAGGCCACACACACACACACACACUGCCUAGCCAUCACUCUGCCUAAGCAUUGAAACAGAUUAUCCAGGUUUUUACAUAUGCAAUUCAGUUUCCAGUGUUAUUGACAAUGAAAAGACCUAUUGUACAAACAGCAGUACUUUUUAGUCCCCUCUUUCUCCAGAUGGCUCUGUUCUGGAUGCAGAAAUACAUGUUUAUCUGCAGUGUCUCAUUCCUGGUCCGCCGCGGUACCCGACCUUUCACCUCCAUAAUGUCCUCAGGUUGAGUAGUUGAUUCUCCUUCAACUCAGCCCUGUAGUUCUCUCCCUGUAAAACUAUGCCUGCCGCCUUUAUUUUCACAUGUCCACUGUCUCAUUAGCAUUUAUAGGCUUUUAUUAUUUGAAACCAGUGUUGAAACCACAUUCAAGGAUAACCAUGGUCUAAAUGCAUGGAAACGUGCUUGUUGAUUUUAAAUGUGAUUUUCGUGUUCAGUGUUUUUGUUGCACAUCUGUCUGAAUUUGAUUCAAAGGCAGUGUAUGAGAAAUACUUGUGAGCUGUAACCACUUCCUCGUUCACAAAGAUUUGUCAGCGGUCAUCUUUAUGCCAUCCAUACAAAGUCUGGUUAGGGUCUAAUCCGAGGUAGGCGGUCUGUGUGGGGAGGAGGGUUCGUGGACCAUGGGACGUGUUAGGUUCACAUUCUUCAGCAGCAGGUUAUUGCCGCUGCUUCAAAUUCCUUUCCGUUUCCAUUCAUUAGCACCAGGUGGCGCUAUACUACUGCACGCUUAACCAGCAUAGUGCAAGCCAUGGUCUCAUGAGAACCUCUUGUUUUGUUCGUGUCCCUUUCCUUAACAACCUCAUGCACGUUCUACUAUCACUAGAGUGUGUACCAUACUGACACCUUGGAAAGUGGCUAAGAUCCUUAUAGUAAUUCUCAGAUGGGGUGUUGGGGUAUCUAUGUACAGGUCGCAGGCUAGGUAGUGAUCUACAAUGCAGAGGUCUUGACUAUGCCCUGUUCUGUGUAUGCAGCUAUGUGCUGUUCUAUGCAGUACGUUAGGUUUUCCGACACGUAGGAUUGAGGAUUCAAUGACCGAUCUGAUUUAAUUUUGGUUCUUAUAAUUUGGGCCGUUUUUUUUAAAAAGCGUUUUGAGGUUUUUGUUUGUACUACUCAACUCCUGUAUCUGAGAUGAUUGGGAUUUCAUUGUUGGCUGUUCAAUUACAUUGAAUGUAUAGAUGGAAGUGCAAAUCUAGAUGACUGCGAAAGUGACUGCUCUCAGAAUACCUGUCUGUUGUAAAUGCUUUAUUUCUGGAAGAACUAAGAGUAUUUUAUACUUUUUUUUUUGUAUUAAGUCUCAACUGGGGUCGGGAUUGGUUGGACAGGUGUGGGGCUCACAUGUAAAGGAUAUGGGAGUUUAGAUCUCCCCCUUUUUGUCUUCUUUGUUUUGAGGUAAAUAUUAUUCCCCCAGCCAUCACUGCCAAUGGUACACCUUCUGAUCCAUCAUUGCCUGUGGGGAGGAGUUAGCCAGGCUGACGUAUGUUUUCUUUACUUUUUAAUAAAACAUCAUACAAUGGUA